AUGACUUCCAUAUUUUUAGAUCCUAAUAGAAAUUAUAUGACUUAUAGUAAUCCCGGCCAAAACUGGGAACCUAAGCUGGGAAGGCUUCCUCGCAAAAAAUUUGUUUACAAAAAAAAAAUAGCUUUCAAAAGUUAUUGUUUGAGCAUUGCAUAUGCUCAAACAAAAGCCUGUUUUCUGUUUUCUGUAAGAAACGCGCAAGAAAACGCCAAUAAAGAAACAGUCGUUGACAAAGACAAAAAAUCUGUCGAAGUAACUGACGAGGAAGAUGUACCUUCUGAUUUGGCCAUCAACCACCACCCACAUCGUACUUGUCAGUACAGUAUCACAUAUGCAGGCUCUGGGGAAAAGUCGAAUAAUGCUGAAACUGAUAUCACUUCAAAAUGGGACAUUGAUAACCUUUGUAUAUCGGAUUUAUGUUAUUCUCUAAAACAGACAACAUCACGUGUGGUUGACAACAUUAAUCCAGCACAGAUUUCCGACAUUCACACUUGUCCUCCCGUUGAUUGGCUUUUGUCUUUAACUUUGUGCGCUGAAUUUCUCACUGAAGCUUGCAAAUCAGGAAACGUAUUGGACGUACAUACAGCACAGGUCCUGACACAAAUCCUUCUGUUGCUCAAUAACAGCCCGAUGGAUGUUUACGGUCUCUCGGGUUCCGCCAAAUGCGUGGUUUUAAUUGCUGAAUUCAAACACAAGAAUCAAAAUUCAUACAUCGAAUCAGAUCUUGUAAAGUUAGGAAAGCAGAUGAAAAUUACACUGAACUUGUUGAUCAAGGAUGGGGUUAAGAAGCCAAAGGUCUGUGGAAUCCGCUGCGAAGGAGAAGAAGUCUACACAUUUAUUAUGGAUAUCCCUUCACCCAAGCUAUAUCGCAUGUGUAAUGUAUCAAAGAUCAAGCUUUUUAAGAACUUAGACCAAAUAUCCCUACUUCCAAGCAUUUUGUCCCAUCUUCUGCAUUUAAAAACGAUUGCGUGCGAAACUGCAUCAAAAAUGGAGGAAGCUAUUUUAUACAAGUAUGAUAAUCUAAAACGUCCCUCACCAAAUCCCCCAACGGACUGGAUAUCAAGUAGCAGUGUCACCGUGAACGUGUGUCUAAAGAACAAACAAAAAAAAAGUAACUUCUCUUCUCAGGUCAUUAUGAAUUAUGAAGAGGAGCUUAUCUUUAAUAAAUAG